GUUAUAUCAAAACACCCGCGUGCCUCGAAUCGAAACACCCGCGCGCGCGCGAGCUCGCAUCCUAUGUCCCUUUUCCUUCUCCCAUCUUCUCCCCUAUGUCCCCUAUCUUCCACAGACCAUUCCACGAUAUUCCAAGUACUCGUUUGAUCCGCUCGGAGAUAUUCUAUGUACUUUUUUUUUGGGGUCAAAACGAGGUACUUAGAAUAUGAAAUUGAAAUGACGGAAGGUACGUUGGCGGCUCAAUUCCGUAUUCUAUCUACUCGAGGAUGAUUAUAUAUAUAUACACAUGUGUGUAUAUAUAUAUAAUUAUGUUAUACAAACGAUAUGUUCGAGUUUGAUCAAUUCCGUAACAUUUUUGUUGCUUGUUUACAUUUGGCUGACCAAGCACCGGGUCUGCUGAGGGGUUUGUCCUCUCGCCGCAUUCUGAAGGAUGUGGACUGUUUCGACCAGGGCAUGUUCUACAAUGAUCCCGUGAAGAUGGAGGGCAGCGAAAGGACAGUGGAGCUGAGUGCUGAGGCUUGCCAGCAACGGUGCCAGGUGGUGGAGGACUGUGCUCAUUUCACGUUUUGGCCAGAUGGUGGAUGUCUUCUAACGAGCGAAGAGUCUUCUGUCAAAGCUGCCCCAUACAAGUAUUCUGCUACAGUGUCCGGGCCCAAGUACUGCGGUGUCCCCCCCGCAGAUGAUGAUGACGACGAUGUUGACACGGCAAGCUCAGAGGCUCAACAAGGCGAGAGCACUUGGGGUGCUGGAGAGUCAGCCGUCAAGGAGGUAGUUCCACCCGGCAUCAACGGCACGUCCUGCAGCAAGUAUCCCGCAUGUGUGGCUGUGGGCAUUUCUGACGGUGACUGCUGCCCAAAUGCUGAUGCUGUCAAACUGGGCUGCUGCGAGGGCUUCCCCAAGGCGGUUGAAGAGGUAAAGAUUGCAGCAGGAGCAGAAUGUUCCAGGUUCCCUGCGUGCGUGUCUUUGAACAUCAGUGGCGCUUGUUGCCCUACACCUGAUGGCAUUAACCUUGGCUGCUGUGAGAGUGUGUAGGUGUGACUGCAUGGGCAUGUGGGGUGCUGCGAAGACGGUGAAUCUCCACUCUCUGAAUUCAUCAGUGCUUCCAACAGUUUAAGGAAGUGAUGAGUCUUUUGCAAUGGAGUUGGCGUGUUGACCCUUUUUGGCGAAAGGAUUUCAGAAACUCGCCGAAUUGACCAGGUCAGUUGUGACAAACACUUGGCUGUCUUGGAGAGAAAGGCGUUGCAAACAAAAGCGGAAAACAGACACUUCAGCUGGAACCCGCGACAUAUUGUGGUUUCUUGGGCACAGCUCCAGGCUGACUUUUUGAAAGCCAAGACAUGUCUAAGCGCAGGCCCUGCACAAACAGCUCCAAA